UCAGAGUGGAGCAGGAAGAGGCGGAAGUCCAAACUGUCGCCUGGGUUCUGAAGCUCCUCUGUAGCCUCGCGACUUGUUGCAGUUCCACGCGAGCGAGCGCGCGAGCGGAGGUGCAGCCUGCUGUGUCCUGUGUGCAGUUUGAUAAAGUGCUUCAUCUCACAAACACCUCGACCACCAUGAGCAGCAAUUACAGCGUGUCCCUGAUCGGACCCUCACCAUGGGGCUUCAGACUGCAGGGGGGCAAAGACUUUAGCAUGCCUCUCACCAUCUCUAAAUUGACUGAUGGAGGAAAAGCAGCCAAAGCGAAGGUCAGCGUAGGAGACGUGGUGCUGUCCAUCGACGGCAUCGCCACAGACACCAUGACUCACCUGGAGGCUCAGAACAAGAUCAAAGCCUGCACGGGCAACUUGAGCCUCACCCUGCAGAGAGCGUCCAGUGUUCCCAAAGCCAACGUUCCUAAGAACGAACCACUUGAGAUCGUGAAACCCGUGCCCAUCAGCCACCCGCCCGCUCCUGCCCCUAGUGCCAGCCCCACAAACCCCUCGGCAAGUAGCGCCUACAACAAGACCGCCCGCCCGUUUGGAACCUCAUCUAAUUUCCGAGCCGUCAGUCCGUCCUCCACUCCUGCAGCACCCAAAGCCUCCAUCCCUUCCGCCUCGUCAGCUUUCACCCCCGCUGCUCCGUCCCAGCAGCCUCCACCACCACAACCCGCACAGGGCCCACAGCCUCCCUUCCCGCUGGCCAGCAGCUCCUCCUCCACCUCCUCCUCCUCACGCACUGCCUCAUCUCUCAAACCCAGCUCUGGUUACUCCCCCUUCUCUCACUCGUCCUCUUCUUCGUCAUCUGGCUCGUCCUCGCCAGCCAGAGUGACGGGUCCCGCCCCCUCAGCCGCCCCUGCCGUCCCGCCGUCUUCGGUCUAUAACACGCCGAUCAACCUGUACUCCAAUGAGAACGCGUGCGAGGUGGCGAUGGGUCAGAGGCGCGGCCUGCUGGAGCAACAAGGUGCAGUGGAGAAUCAGAACGGAGUUCCCAGGAAGCCCGUCACAGACACGGAGCUGGUAGUGAACCACGCCUCGCACAUGAGCGACGCCAGUAAAAAGCGUCUGAUCGAGGACACGGAGGACUGGCGUCCACGCACCGGAACCUCUCAGUCCCGUUCCUUCCGCAUCCUGGCACAGAUCACGGGCACAGAGAAAGAACAAGCCACCGAGAGCAGUCCUGGAAAGAAUGAUGCUGUAGAGGAUUUCCAUGCGAACACUCAUGCCACGUCCAUGGUUAAAACCAUGACCAAAGGGUCACGCACUGGGAACGGAGUCCCUUCACCUGCCACUGGGCCCGCUAAGAGCUGGCAGACUGGAAACACCUCAGGACUUCCUAAAGCAGGUGUGCCAGCGAUGCAUACAGGACGGGUGACUGGCGGAGUUCCAAAGGGUCCUGACCGCCCCGCGCCCCAGGCUCACCCCAAAGACCAGGACUCACUGGUGCAGAGAGCAGAACACAUCCCUGCUGGAACCCGCACUCCCAUGUGUGGUCACUGCAACAUGGUCAUCAGGGGUCCGUUCCUGGUGGCUAUGGGGAAAUCGUGGCACCCGGAGGAGUUUAACUGCGCCCACUGCCGAAGCUCUCUGGCCGAGGUUGGCUUUGUUGAGGAGCGUGGCUCUGUGUACUGCGAGCAUUGCUACGAGCAGUUCUUGGCCCCCACGUGCUGCCGUUGUCAGCAGAAGAUUCUCGGGGAAGUCAUCAAUGCCCUGAAGCAAACCUGGCAUGUGUAUUGCUUCCUGUGCAGCUCCUGCCAGCAGCCCAUUCGCAACAACACAUUCCACCUCGAGGAUGGACAGCCCUACUGCGAGAGAGACUAUUACAAUCUUUUCGGGACGAGCUGCCAUGGCUGUGACUUCCCCAUCGAGGCAGGGGACAAAUUUCUCGAGGCCCUGGGCUUCACCUGGCACGAUACCUGCUUUGUGUGUUCGGUGUGCAACACCAGUCUAGAGGGUCAGACUUUCUUCUCCAAAAAGGAUAAGCCGCUGUGCAAGAAGCACGCGCACACUGUGAUGAUGUGAUCGCCAAGAAAAGUGGACAAUGGGAUGAAUUAUAAAAAAAAAUAAUAAUAAAAUGAAAAAUCAGCUUUUAGUGUUUAUUAUAUGAGAGUGAUUUUUAAGGUAUUGAUAAAGACGUUACUGGGAAAAGUGGUUUGUUCUCUGAUACGCUGAUGGGUGGGGAAACCUACCGUAUGCCGCUUAUCUUUAUGUUUUGUAUGUUUGCCUUUGUGGAGCUUUAUGAAAUAAAGUAUUAAUGAGAAUCA